AUGACCUCGGAGCUGGAGAGUAGCCUGACCUCCAUGGAUUGGCUCCCUCAGCUGACCAUGCAGGCGGCCAUCCGUAAAGCAGAUGCUCAGAACACUCAUGGACCCGGCAUGGGCAAGAAAGGUGCGUUACUAGAUCCCAACACCACACUGGACCAAGAGGAGGUCCAGCAGCACAAAGAUGGCAAACCUCCGUACAGCUACGCCAGCCUCAUCACGUUCGCCAUCAACAGCUCACCAAAGAAGAAGAUGACCCUGAGCGAGAUCUACCAGUGGAUCUGCGAUAACUUCCCCUACUACAGAGAAGCGGGCAGUGGCUGGAAGAACUCGAUACGGCACAAUCUGUCACUGAACAAGUGUUUUCUCAAAGUGCCUCGCUCCAAAGACGACCCUGGGAAGGGAUCUUAUUGGGCCAUCGACACAAACCCAAAAGAAGACUCUCUGCCCACGCGUCCCAAGAAGAGGCCGCGCUCUGGAGAACGAGCCUCCACUCCGUACAGCCUGGAGUCCGACUCUCUGGGGAUGGAGUGUAUGAUCUCUGGAAGUGCCUCUCCAACGCUGGCAAUCAACACUGUGACUAACAAGGUGGCGCUGUACAACACAGACCAGGAGGGCAGUGACAGUCCCAGGAGCAGCCUUAACAACAGCCUCUCGGACCAGAGCCUGGCCUCUGUCAACCUCAACAGUGUGGGCAGCGUGCACAGCUACACACCGGUGAGCAGUCACCCGGAGCCCGUGUCGCAGCCCCUGAGUCUGCAGCAGCCGCCUCAGUCCCAGUACAACAUGCCCGAGCGCGACAAGCAGCUCCUCUUCUCCGACUUCGAAGAUCUCAGUGCCUCCUUCCGCAGCCUUUACAAGUCUGUCUUUGAGCAGUCCUUCAGCCAACAAGGUCUCAUGGGUCUCCCGUCUGACUCGUCCCAGCAGACGCACACGUCCUGCUCCUAUCAGCACUCCCCCAGCGGCAACAUCAGCUCCCAGAACAGCCUGUCCAACAACCAGCCCAACAACCACCAGCACCCCAGCAGCGUGCCCCUCUCCCACCCCUCGCAGGCCCACCCGGGACACGUCUCGCCCCACACACAACACCUCACUCAGCACAGCGGCCCGCACAACCAACACAACCACCACAACCAGCACAACCACCAACACAACCAGCACGGCCACCCAGCGCACCCCGCCCACUCUCAGCACACGGGGCACCCCUCGCAGCACCCGUCCCACACGCAGCACCCCUCGCAGCACCCCUCACAGCACCCCUCGCAACACCCCUCGCAGCACCCCUCGCAGCACCCACAGGCCCACGGAGCGCCGCACCAGAGCCUCUCCCAUCAGCAGCAAAUGGCCUGCAACCCCGGUAUUUUAUCGGACUGGUACCCAAAUCUGGACGCACUGAAAGAGAGCUGUCGCAUCGCCAGCAGCUACAACUGGGCCGACGUGGACCUGUCCCCCUUCCAAGGUCUGCGGGAGAGUAUGAGACAAGCGGAGUUGAAUAACUGGUCCCUGGAGCCUACACAAAUUGCUGAUCUCUGCUCGUCUAUCAACCAGUUCUUCACCCGCACCGGCGUCAUUCAGCCACAGGCGGCAGUACAGUCCCCUUCGUGCCACAGCGCCAUGCACCCAAGCAAGCCCAGCCAACACCUCAACACAGGUAAUCUUUACAUGGACUCGAGACAGGGUAUGACCAUGAUGGGACCGCCCGGCUACCCUCACAUGCCCCCGAUGAGCAGCGCAGGACCCACGAUGACAGGACACCACGCACAGAUGAACCAGCAGCACAUGAUCCAGAGCAGAAACUUCCAGAUCCACCGCAUGCCUGCCGACGACAUCCAGGACGACUUCGACUGGGACUCCAUCGUCUAA